AAAAAGAGCCGACAACAUUAAAAAUUUAAUCUUUCACUUAAUUGGUAUAUAUUAGGGUUUUGCAAAACUCUCUGAGCUACUUGAAGGUAAAACACCUCAGAUAGAAGACAAGUGUGAAAAUGGAACACAAAACAUUCUGAGGAACCGAUCAAGAGUUGCCAGACGCUAUGGAUUUCAUAGCCCGUUUUGUCAUCUGGGCAAGCCUAGGUGCUUUUAUUGCAGACGGUAAAGCCUACAAUGCUACGAAAUUACGCGUCAAUCUUGACCAGACUGAGUCUGCUAGCAAAGUUGUUUUAGCUGAAAACCGUGAUACGAUCAAUACGGGGCAGAAACGCGCAGUCCCAGCUGUCCUUGCGAGCUUAGCCGCCAACAAGGACGUACAGGCCGCCGUGGUUGAGAAAGGUAUUGAAGUGGCGGGAAAAAUAAUCGACAAACAAUUGCAGACAUGGGAUGAGCAAGGAAAGAAAGCGGAGGAUUUCCUGAAGAAGAAGAUCAAGCUCGACAUCAUGCCUGACAAGGGGUGGGAGAGCACGGACAUGUUUGUCCCUGCGGGCUACCACAUCAAUACAGAAGUCGAAGAUGACGGCGCCGACAAGGAACUGGAAACGGAGAAGGUUUCUCCAACGCCUUACACCUACCCAUCAGGCCUUGGGAGCGUCGUCAUGAACGGAUGCUGGGGGACUGGGUACACCGAGAACGACCCUUGUUUUAAUGCGAUGGAGAAAACAACACAGUGCCGGAACAUGAUCGACGGUGCAGCGUUUAUCGGAGUCGGCUUUGAUCUGAGAGGAGAGUACAGUCCUGAGUCGAGAAAAAUGAGCAUAAUCCAGAGAAACUGCGGCGGCCAUUCCAUGUAUGAAGAUUUCCAAGUUCCCGACACAAUGAAUGUGCACGGAAUAUACGACACGUCAGCGAGCAUGUUGACGUUCGAGUCUCGCACGGAAUAUCAGCAUUACUUGGAAAAAGAGGCGGGUGUUUCAGGGUCGUAUUUCGGGUUCUACGGUGGAGUUAAAAAGGCAUGGGGCAGCUCAGAAAGCACUUCAUCCAACAGCCUUCUUUCGAUAUUCGACGUCGAUGUCGACAGGUACGAGAUUUUCAAAGAUGAGGUGAAGCCGCAGGACUUGAGCAGAGCAUUUCUAAGGGAAUUCAUGAGCCUGCCUCCUUCAUACUUUGACACUAAGGCCCCGAUUGCCUACCAGGAUUUCGUUCUUCGUUGGGGAACGCACUACAUCAAGUCGGCAAGAUUUGGAGGCCAGUUAGAGCUGCGGAAGACGGUGCAACGCACCUCUUCACAAACCAAAGAACAGGUGUCUGAGAUGUUAGAAGCAGAAUACAGAAGUCUUUUUUGGAGUGCUGGAGCAAAGUACAGUACAAAUGAAGGCACAACCAACAGACAAGAGAACAAGUUCACAUCUUCCUCUAUCGUGGUGCAGGGAGGGAGUCAAGAAAUCGCGUCUAUUCUGUCUGACGAGUACGCGCCAACAUUUAAGAAUGAGUUCAAGGCGUGGCUUCAAAGCAUCAACGAUUACCCCAAGGCCUUCAAGUUCCACCUAAGCCCUAUUACAGACCUGGUGGACUUCCGAGGGAACGAUCUUUUCCCAGACGAGGAAGUAACUUGGGGCUGUGAGGCGAAAGCUUCAGAGCUUCAGACCGACCCCAAAAAUAACAGAAAGUAUUUCACAUACGAUGGCGAGGGUGGAGUGGAGAAGAGGCAGUACUGUGACAUGACGAGCCGAGCGGAAGUGGAUGCACAGCUCAGACAGAGACGGGAGAGCUUGAAGAGAGCCAUUGAAGUCUACAUGGAGGAGGGUCCCAUCUCGAUUAGCGAGGUAAGCAUCCAGGCUGGAAAGCGUGGUUGCCAAACAUCGCGCCAGGAGAGUACCCAAACCCCUCCCACAUGGAUUGCGUUCACUACCUCAUCUAGCAGGGUUGUUGUCUCUUUCGACAUGAGAGAGGAUUUGGUGGCUAAGCCCGAGACUAAGGCAGUAAAUAUAUCUAAAGACAUGAUCCGCUUGCUGAAGUUUAGCGACAACAAAUGGUACACAAGCGAGGAUGAUGGGGUCUUUCAUGCUUAUGAUGGAUAUGAUAAUGGUGAUAGCGCGACCCUAUCAAACAAGAAAGUGUCCAUAUUUGGACUGAUACUGACAUAUGAUGAAAGUAAAGGCACCUUGACUCUCGCAAAUAGAGAUUUUGAAGAAGCCCAGGGAUACUUCGCGGUACCAGAAAAGCUGAAGGGCACAGUCGUUGCUAAGAUCGACUGGACUCCCGAGGAUCGGUUCAAAAAGAGUAUUGAAAACUCAAUUGGGAACUUGCCUUGUAACGUUGACUGGUCCAAUGCGAUGCGUUUUGAUCCAAGGAAUGAAUUUGGUGGAAAAUGUCUCCACUUCACCGCAUCCACUGCCGGGUCUAUUUUCGUCGUCUUUUCAGCGAUACCAAAAAAUCCAAAAACGUGGUACUACGUUGAGAUAUCGCCAUACGGAGUAGGCAUCUACAAGGCUCAAAAGCUACGAGUAGUCUCAUUGAAUAAUAAUGCAGUUGGUCUCGGAGAUAAAAAGCUGUACCAGUCAUACUUCGUUUGCCUGAAAGAAUCCGAAGAGAGCACCUUGGUUGAGUACGGGAAGACUAAGAGCAGCUCUAGGACUGGAGAUGUGUUCCUUACAAUGAUAGAUACCAAAGAAGAUGACAACGAACCACUAAAAGUCCGAUUCUACGCAUUUGGUAAUGAUGACAACGACUUACAGAUCACGAAUGCAAACAUUCAAGACCGAACUCUCACACAAACGAACUGCAUGGGAAGCACAAAACACGAUUCAAGCAUACCCUAUUGCAUCCAAGAUUGUCAUCCUUUCUGUGAUCCUCUCGCUGGUUGUAAGGAGAAAAGAGGAGGCCAGCCCGCGGCUAAUGAGUGUAAUCGCUACCGUGUAAAGCUGGAGUCAGGCGAUUACAGUAGAGAAUGUCCGGCUGGCUCUCAUCCGGAUAAAAACCGUGUUUGUAGAGCAAGUUACGAACUGCAGUAUAAACGUGGCCGUCAUUCGGAAACAGAAAUCGCUGAUGUGAAUCUGCUGAGUGACUUCACAAUGUGCUUAUGGGUGAGAAUACGACAGGCACCAGGUCCCACCUCGUACGAGCUAGUAUUGUAUGGGGAAAAUAAUAUCGUUAUGAGAGCCAGAAUUGUCAACAAUAAAGUGCGAUGGGAAGCCUUUGCUUUUUCAGGAUGGUCAUUAGGACCCGAGUUCCCUAGGGAUGAUCAAUGGCGUCUCUUUUGCCUUAUCGGAGACUCCAGUAGACAGCAGAUGUCCGUGCUGAUCGAUAACCAAAGGUCUAAUUUCGCCACCUUCCCUCCUUCACAAGAAAUCAUCGAAAAAGAACCUAGAAAGCUAAGACUGCUAAGGCCGUACCCCGAUUUCCCAGGCGCGAUUUCUGACUUGAACGUCUGGGACAGGGUUUUGAGUCCUGAGGAACUUCAUGCAGUUCAGAGUUCCUGUGGUGGCUUGGCCGGAAAUUUGGUGAACUGGUACGAGAUCGAACGAAAGCUCGAACAGAGAAGAAACGAUUUUGAAAUAACAAAGCCAUCGACCUGUAAGCCCCAAUCCGCGCCAGAAGGGACGACUCGUGACUAUCCAGUCAUAGCGAAGUACCAGCCUUGGACACAAUCACGACAUCGAGGUCACCCGCAAACGAGAAACAGCGAAAAGACACGUUAUAAUUCCAGUGCUAAACCACAUGACCGCGGGGAUAAUCAGUCACCUGCUCAAGACAAAUCUGAAAGGCAAGUUUUGGUGAAGCUGAAGUAAAAUCACGUGGCAAGAGCAUGCUAGGCUAAACAGCGUUCAUUCUGACUGAAUAGUAUCGAGCAUUCAAAACGCAAAUAAAAACUGGUUAAAAACCGA